CGUCCUCCUCCCCUCUCCGGUCCCCCUCCUGCCCCACCCCCGCCGAGUCCCGCCCCUCUCCCUGCUCCCCGCUCUCCUCGCCCCAGCCCCUGCAUUCUCCUCCGCGCUCCGGUCGGCCCCCAGCGCCCCCUGGGCCUCCAGUCCCAAUCGGGAGGUCCAAGAUGGCGCUGCUAGGCCGAGUCUUCCUUGCUCCGGGCCAAGGUCCUCGGAGGUUUUUCAGUUAUGGAACAAAAAUAUUGUAUCAAAACAUUGAAGCUUUUCAGUCUAAAUUCUUCCCACCCCUUCAAAAACCGAUGCUACCACCUAAUAGUUUUCAAGGAAAAGUGGCGUUUAUUACCGGGGGAGGUACUGGCCUUGGUAAAGGAAUGACAACGCUUCUGUCCAGCCUAGGUGCUCAGUGUGUGAUAGCCAGCCGAAAGAUUGAUGUUUUGAAAGAUACAGCAGAACAAAUUUCUUCCCAGACUGGAAAUAAGGUUCACGCAAUUCCGUGUGAUGUGAGGGAUCCUGAAAUGGUGCAAAACACCGUGUCAGAACUGAUCAAAGUCGCAGGACAUCCUGACAUUGUGAUAAACAACGCAGCAGGUAAUUUUAUUUCUCCCAGUGAAAGACUCUCUCCUAAUGCUUGGAAGACCAUAACUGACAUAGUUCUAAAUGGUACUGCCUAUGUGACUCUAGAAAUUGGAAAGCAAUUAAUUAAAGCACAGAAAGGAGCAGCGUUUCUUGCUAUUACAACCAUCUAUGCUGAAAGUGGGUCAGGUUUUGUAGUACCAAGUGCUUCUGCCAAAGCGGGCGUGGAGGCCUUGAACAAAUCUCUUGCAGCUGAAUGGGGUAGAUAUGGACUACGAUUCAAUGUGAUUCAACCGGGGCCUAUAAAAACAAAAGGUGCCUUUAGCCGUCUUGACCCGACUGGAGAAUUUGAGAAAGAAGUGAUUGACAGAAUUCCCUGUGGUCGGCUAGGAACCGUAGAAGAACUUGCAAAUCUUGCGGCUUUCCUUUGUAGUGAUUAUGCUUCUUGGAUUAAUGGGGCAGUCAUUAGAUUUGAUGGUGGAGAGGAAGUAUUUAUUUCAGGGGAAUUCAACAGUCUAAAGAAGGUCACCAAGGAGCAGUGGGACAUAAUAGAAGGACUCAUCAGGAAGACAAAACGCUCCUAAGACCACACUGGCCUUCAUCUUAGUUACAGUGGAAAUGAUACAGUCUAUGAUCUUUUGAGUAUUUUCAAGUCUAAUAAAUUGUUAAUGGAACAAA